GUUUUCUUUUGAAGUAAGCAUUAGCGUAUAACGUAGUUUGUGACUCUGAUUUUGAGAGUUUUGUCCUUUUUUCAGCUGUUAGUUGCAGUUCUACUCAAGUUCUCAUGAUUCAUUAACAUGAAUGUGCCCCCCUUGUAACCAGAAUCAUCCUAAUACAUUGACGUAAUUUUAGUGAUAUGACCAACAUGCCUUCAACAUCAUGUCAGCUGGCGAGGUUUUGUGGAGUGACGUGGACAGCGAGGUAGCAGAUUUAGCGAACCUGCAUCCCUUCGUCACUUAUGCCGGUAGAGUUAAGGCUUCCCCUAAUCCAUCUCCAGAAGCAUCUUAGAGCUGUUUCAUAUUGGGAAAACAGAUCUGAGACGAAUCCCAGAUCCAGAAUGGAUUAGGCUGAGCUCUAAUAGAGACAGCACAGCCUAUCGACGCCACAUCAUCAUCGUCGCACCUGCGUUUCUAAACGAUGUGAAUGAGCGCGUUUUUGUCAAGUGUCUGCAAUUUGCCACAGACGCAAUCCGCGAUUGGACAGGUGCGGCGCGGGCUUUCGCAAAGAAACGAAUCUCAUCUAGAACGUCGGGUUCAACCAGCUUAUCUACUUUGGUAAGAGGAGCAGGAAAUGGAGGAGGAGAUCCUGAGUCGCCCUUUUCUACCGCUUCUCAAAAGCCAAGGACGUCUUUAGAGGAAUUCCUCCUGGGGGAUGAAGACUUAGUGCGGAAAAAAAAGGGAAAAAAAUAUGUGUCAACAACGCUAGGAGUAGAAGCUGGGGAUGAUGACAGCGACCACGAAGAUCGGGAAGAUGUUGACAGCAGUGAUGCUGAUACCAGAAGUGGUCAAGAUGCGACUCGUCGAGGAACAGGUAUAGCACAGGGCCAAUCUCCUCACCAAGCAGAGCGUGACUGUCGCUUCGUGCUAGUCUACUGCAACACUGACGUGGCUUGGUUGCGAUACCGAAACUUAGCUACUUAUCUGCGUGGCCUAAUACCUCCCUGGUGUAGGCACUUUUUGGAUCACGUCUUAGUCGUUCACUCGUCUGCUGCAUGGAAGCUAUAUUUCGCAUCACACCUGCUUCCUGCGCUAUUGGAUGCUGCUACCUCUUCUGCUUCUACUUCUCCUGUAGAUGGGAAGAACAAUAAUAUUCAAGGUGCCACUUCUAGCACCGAUAGCACAGAUAAGGCUCGAAGAAAAACCGGCGAAAAGCCUAGCAGGAGUGAGGUGGUUAUUCAAAAUAGUAGACUACCGGUUGCAGGGAGCACCAGACGAGCAGCGUCCUCAACAUCGUCCGCGUCUAAUAUUUUCGAGAAAGACACAGGUGGCCAAAAUGUUCGUCAAAAGGUCCUACUCGAUCGCGUGGUCGAGUACGACUCAUUACGCCAUUUAUUGUACGAUCUACACCCGAAAUCUGCAGAACUACGAACGCAACUACUGCAGAAAAUCCCGUUUUUCGUGCUGCGUCACGAAGCCGACCAUUACAAUUGGCCGCCUCGACUAGGGCGUGUCUUUGGAAUGCCCUUACAAAGACUAUGCGCCCAUACGGCACAAAGCGACACAGCUGAGACAUUCCCGACCUGUGAAUUCCGUAUACACCACCUUUGCAAAAUAUUGUUAGUAAGUAUUCGAAAACUGAAAAUAUGCGAGAUAGUGACUGAAAUAAAAGAGUGACUACCACUACGUUGUUCUUCUUUAUUCGGUGCCUCUAUCCUCAUUCUAAUUUGUUACUCAGUUUUUUCAGUUUUUCGAGUACAUCAAUGUUGAUGAUAUUGGCUUUUACAACACUGACGAGCUAUACUAGUGCGUUCAUGAACGAGCGUAUUUUGAGUGAGCACUUUCAAGCGAAGUUUUUUGCUUGAUGCAAGUUACCUAUCAAUGAGAGCUCCGUCGGCUCCGACUACUUCUAAAUCUAGUCCCAUCUUCGACUUACUCUUUUAUUGCAAAUUUAUUUCAUUAUCGACUACAGAUGGGCUUCCAUUCGUCCUUGUCCAGCUCGUGCGGGAGAUACUUAUGCGACAAAUUCAGCUCCCUGGCGGUCAGCAUUCAGGACAAGAAUUACACCAGGAGGAAGCUAGUGCAUCCGCAAGUUCUUUUUUUCUGUAAGGCUGAUGCGUAUCUGCAAAAAAAUGAUCGUAUUGACUAUGAGCUAAUGUUGGCUCUAUUAAAUCUGAUUGAAGAAGUGGGGCAAGGAUUAAAUUACACGUCAGGCCCGACGGCAUAUUUAUUUUCCCUUCCUUGAUGGCAGUUUCUUUCUAAGUUGUGGCCCCACGGCACGAGAUUCGUCCUUUUGUCGAGGAGUUGGAGGGUGGACGGGUGAAUCAGUACAUUAGGCACGAAUCAGUUGAGGUUUUGUGGGGUGCGCUUCGCUUGUGGCUGAAUUGCUUACCCGUACCUUUGUGGGGAUUCCCUGCGUGGGGACGGAUGGUUACGGAGCUCGUUCCUCGACUUAGAGACUCAGCGUCGCCAGAGUUGCCACUCUACCCGCGUGUGCGUCUGCGUGAAAGCGAAAUGCCAGCUGGGAAGAACAGUACUUCUUUACGCUUCAGCACUGCACUACGGGUGAGUGCUUGUCGUGGUAUAGAAGAAAAAGGGCCGGGGGUUGGUGGUCUGCUGGGUGAAGAUUCUGGUGCUGCUGGGAGUUCAUCACGUCCCACUGGCGAUCGCGGGGAAAAGGACGGUCGUUUAAGCAGCGAUAUUCCAGUGAAUCAGUUUCUUGUCACGACAGCUACUGUCGAAGGAUCUAGUACUGCGGGAAGCGCAAACCCGUUGCUUGCAGCCGUUGCACGCGGCAAAACUGAAGAGCUGUCUCGGCGGUCAACCGCAGCCGGUCGCCUGCAGCGUGAAAGCGUUCGGAAAGCACUGGCAACGUCGCUCGCCCAAGCCGAUCAUCACCUGAACCAGACACAUUUCUAUCCAGAGGACGACCUAGAAGGAGUAGAAGAAGCGGAAGAAGACUACGAAGUAGAUUACCCUGAGCAGCAAGGCGGGGAUUUGUGGCUCGCCGCACCAAGGGCCAGUUACGUGAGUGCGGAUGAAGUCGCCGCUGAGAUAGGACUAACACGACCUCCGAGUGACAACGCAGAAGAUAAAGAAGGCGGCUCCGGAUCAGGAGCGCAGCGUGGUGAAAGUCCUCCCGACGCUUCAACGGGAGAGUCUGAUGACAUCUUGCCGCCUUUACCUUCGCCAGGUUUCUUCGUCCAGUCUGCACCUGCAGGAAGCAAUAGAAAUUAUCCUGUGAGAUCAGAUAAUCCUCCGACUUAA